UUGUCUGCUGCUGCUGCUGCUGCUGAAGCCCUGGCAGGAGCCCGCUGAUCUCUGCACACACACCCCGUUAUCCCACAGCUGGCACCGGAGGGGGCACCUCUCACAGAAGGCAGGAAGAGGGGGGCAGAGCGGGGCCACUUCAUUGGAGCUGAUCCUUGCCCUGGAGGCGUUUGGAAGCCCAGAGCUAGGAGUGUGCAGCUCGAGCUCUCUCCUCCUCUCCAUUCUCCUGCAGCUCCGGCUCCUUCCUCUCUGGUCUCCAGGCUGCACCAGGGGUUUGGGGGGCUCGUGAAACCAGAGGGUGCCCGGGAGACAGAAGGGGGGCACUGAAUCCGGGGAGAGGACAAGGCUCACAGGGAAGAAGAAGAAGAAGAGUAGGAGGAAGCGAUCUGGCCGGGAUCUAGAGGGUCUACAAGAUGCAUGGGAUGCCCAAUUCUGCACUGUCUUAUGGAAGAGGAAAAGAGGAAAGCAGCAUGUCCCGUCUGUCGCUCACCCGCUCCCCGGUCUCUCCCUUGGCUUCACAAGGAAUACCUCUCCCAGCGCAGCUCACCAAAUCCAAUGCACCUGUGCACAUCGACGUGGGGGGACACAUGUACACCAGCAGCCUGGCCACCCUGACCAAGUACCCGGACUCAAGAAUAAGUCGUCUGUUUAAUGGGACAGAACCCAUCGUACUGGACAGCUUAAAACAGCAUUACUUUAUCGACCGGGAUGGAGAAAUUUUCCGCUACAUCUUAAGUUUUCUACGAACUUCAAAAUUGCUCCUUCCUGAAGAUUUUAAGGAAUUGAAUCUACUAUAUGAAGAAGCCAAAUACUAUCAACUCCAUCCGAUGGUGAAGGAACUCGAGAGGUGGAAACAAGACAAGGAGCAUCGGAAGCAUUUCCAGCCAUGUGACUGUCUAGUGGUGCGGGUGACUCCAGAUCUUGGAGAGAGGAUUGCACUGAGUGGGGAGAAAGCGUUAAUAGAGGAGAUUUUUCCUGAGACUGGAGAUGUCAUGUGUAACUCUGUAAAUGCUGGAUGGAACCAAGACCCAACUCACGUCAUCAGGUUUCCACUUAAUGGCUACUGCAGAUUAAACUCUGUGCAGGUUCUUGAAAGACUCUUUCAGAAAGGAUUUCACGUUGCAGCCUCUUGUGGGGGUGGAGUUGACUCCUCACAGUUUAGUGAAUAUGUACUGUGCCGAGAGGAUAGAAGGGUGCAGCCGAACACAAUGAGGAUAAAACAGGAGCCUCUGGACUGAUGUUUCCUGAAAUUCCCUCCUCACCAUUGAAGUGUUCACUAGUCCUUGAUGUGAAGAACCUCAGGACCUGCAAACCAGUAUUAUUAGACUUCAUAUGACUUUUUGUUGCCAGUUUGUGAUACUUUUGAAAGGUAACUUUUGACUUAGCCAAGUAAGCAGCUCAGUUCUCUCAGCGGCCCUCGCCAAUGCAAGUUCAUCUCAACAGCUGUGCUGUAAAAAAAUCCCAACCUCAGUAACGUGGACCUGUUUGCCUAUUUCGGAUCGCUGCAAUACAACCAAGUGGCCAAUCAAAAAUGAACGCAAAAACAUUCGGCUGGUAUAGUCCAAUGAACACAUCCCCGAUAAUGAAGAUAUCACAGACACGUGGAAUAAACUGCAUUGUCUUUUUAUAGAUUUUAUGUGUCAUGCAGAUUGCUCGUCGCAAUCAUCUGAUUAUUCGAACGUCUGUUCCCUUCAAAUGAGAAAAGGGAUUACUUUUAUAGCCUCUCAGAUGGAUAAUGUGGAUAUAUGGGACUGAGCAACAAUAAAAUGUUUGAUAAAUGUAAAACUGAAGACCAGCCAGAAGCCGGCACAGAGUCCGUUGUGGAAUUUCGAGAUGUCCUGAAAAAUAUAGAAUUUUGGAUUUUAGGCAGAGGUUUUACUAGAAGAUAUAAUUGUUGUCCAUUCUUGGGGGGGGGGGGGGGUUCUUGCUUUCUUGGGCUUUUAUAAACACGUGAAAGGUGAAAUAGAAGAGAAUGAUUCUGUAUUGUAAAAGCAGGAGCAGACCAAAUAUCACAAUCCAGAGUGUAUGAGCCAUGCCCUACCCAUAUGGGAGGAAAUGACAGUAUGUAGAAUUGAUGGGGUGGGUUAUACACCGAGGUGGCAUAUGGGAUAUCAAUUUAUUAAUAUAUGAGCUGACAAAUACGUUUUCUAAUCCAAAAUAGAAGAGUGGUAAAGUGAAAAAUUCCCUUUUCCAUUAUGAUUUAAAGGAAUGCUAAACAUAGAAAGGACACAAAAAAAGAAAUGUAAUUGUGCCCUUAAUCUCCUCCUGUCCUUUGAUUCUAUUUACGAAAUUAGAU